AAUUUUAUUGCACUAAUUAUUAAACACAGAACAGAUUUGGGAAUUAAAUAGAUUUAAGGAAAUCAGGGUAUGAAGUUGUAGAUCGUUGAGUGGGGGUUUCCCUGGUUCGAUUCCCUGUGUCUGCAAAAAAAUUGUUUUUUCCUUUAUCUGCAAUACAAAAACUAAACGUGGAAUGAAAUAAGUAAGUGUGUAAUCUGGUUCAGGUCCUUGUUAACUAAGCUCUUCCAUACUCACAAAAUGGCUAUCAUGUGCUGGUUAAGUAUAUUACACUUUCCUAGAGUGAGUCGAUGGUUCAUUUGGGUUUUACUAGCUCAAUUUUGUGAGUCAGGCUUGUCCACAAGAGACUGGUCAAGCGACGUUUUAGACCUGCUGGCACACGCAUAACGAAAGCGGGUUGGCAGGUAUACCUUAAUGCUCUCGACAGAACGCAAGCCAUUUUGAAAAGCGACUAGAAAUGGCGCGCGAUGCCGCAAAGGACUAGGGCGGAGGAACUCACUCCCUCUGGCACCAGUCUCUCCCUGGCGCGCUCCUUUUUCUGUAAUCACCCCAACGAAUCUGGCAGUUACCCGACAGUUACCCACACAAGUUUCUAUCAAUCAUCGUUAACAACUGUUUUGUAUAUUUCUUUCAUAACAAGUACCUCAGUAUUUCAACUGAAAAUGAAAGAGUUAGCUUGUUGUUUUUAUUUUUCCAAACGUUACCAGCCAACUAACGGGUGGAAUUCCUUCUUGGGCUUUUGAUUGAUGAAUAAUUGUCAAGAGUUUUUUAAACUACAAAUUAGCAGAGAAAUGCUCAAGGGAAUGUGACAGUUUUUCGCGAUAACAAAGAGCAAGAGACUGUUCUAAGGUAAUUGUUUUGUUGACUUUACUUUGCCGUUUACACUAUUUUGAGACCCGGGUAAAGAUAUCAAUUGUGUCGUGCUGUGAUAUAGAGAAAGAAGGCAAGAGACCGAAAAAAAUUAUCCUUUAUAUUUCAUUUUAUAUGCACUGUGAGUGGCUGUACGCCAAAUCUUUUACUACAACAGCAAAAACACACAACAAUUGGGCCGUCUUUAAAAUUUGACACAAGCUUAGAAAGCCGAUAACUCAAUGAAAGGAUAACAGAAUUUUAUCGAUUGACAUGGUUCCUUGCAUUCGCGUGGCUUACGGCAAGAUAUUUUCAAUGCAAGUUGGUUUUCAAAAGUUAACAUCACGUCCCUAAGGAAUACUUUCUUAACCCACGAGCUUACGAGAUUUUGAGUCAAAAAGUCAACCGAUUCGUUCCUUAGACACGUCACACAAAAUAAAUGUUUACAAAACAAUACAAAACUAUUAGAAAAACACAAGUUUAAAACCUUCUGAAGUUCAAGUAUAGCCCAUUUUAAAGUCGAAACAUUUAACACUCUUUCCCGUUCACGCAGUUUUUAUCACUGUAUUGACUAACGCCGCGAAUGCUGUUCAGACAGUCUGUUAAGUAAUGUCCAUUAGCUUAAAAGAUUUAGCGUGUUAAGCGGAUGAUAUUUUCAAUUUUGUAAAUCAACAUCUCAUAUCGACAAUAAAUAUAAUAGAGUGGAAACCUGUAUUAAGCAGAAACCGUAUUUAGUGGACACCCUGUAUAUAAGAGGUCACCACUUUUAGUAGGUCCCAAACGUUUUCGUUCCUUUAUUUCCUAUAAAACGAAGCCGUAUUAAGGGGACACUUCUAUAAUAGAGCGGAUAAAAAGAGAGGGUCUCGGGGAUGUCUGUUCAAUACAGGUUACCCUGUGUAAACAUCGUCAAUCACCCGUCUUCACCCGAGGGGGGAGAGGGGGUAGCAAAUACGUGCUCUCGCUCUAUGUUAUGGGAAACAUGGGCGAGACUUGUACGAAACUUUGCCUUAUUCAACCCUUAGCUACCAGUUAUUUCCAGUUACUUUUAUAUUCGACUUUCUUUGCAGCUUGACAGCCAUGCGGAUAACAACUAUUUACUUCUUAAUCAUACUAUACGCUUUAACUACCGGGAAUAGACCUCACCGGUCACGCAAGACGCGGCAUAAAUGGAAGUCACGCAAUCUUAAGAAGCUCGAAAGAACCCUUCAGUUACGUGACGCAGAAACUCCCACACAUUAUCUUCCGGGAGCGUCUAGAAACUACGUGGCAUUAAAUAGCAGUAAUUCACCUUCCUUUGAAGACGUUGUUUUACAGCUUAAAGAAAUUGGAAUUCUCGACCUGCCGAAUGUAAGCGUAAUACGCGGGUUAAAUUCCUCCCAGUCACGGAAAGCUAAGAGAAACGUUUCGUCCUCUUCCAAGGCCUCCAAACGAUGCGGUCGGAUUGAACUUGGCGGAGCCAAUCCAUGCGGAGGCUGCCGGGCAACAAUAAGUGACUAUCCCAUCGCAGGGGUUGCGACAUUGCAGGCACGUGACUUCGAUUGUUCUGCUCAAAGUACCUGUUUUGGUGGUCGGGGCUUGUGCCAGAAGCUGAUUCGCAAUUUUUACUUAAUUGUCCGAGAUGGCGAUCGGGAUGUAUCCAAGACACUUGAGGUCCCUGUGCCAUUUUCAUGA